CGUGUCUAUCCUCCGAUGCUCCGAUGUUGGUCACGCGCGCGUUAAAAUCCCGUGUGCUGCUCGUGUCCGCACAAUCUCACCUGCUCUUCAGAAAUCAAUUUUCUGAAUCUAUUGCGAUGACCAAUAUGUCGACUGAACGUGUGGAAAAGCGAUGUGAUGAUAUAAUAAAAUCACAAAAUGAUGACCGAUUAUAUAGAGGUUUAGUACUCACUAAUAAAAUGAAAGUUAUUUUAAUAAGCGAUUCAACAACUGAUAAAAGUGCUGUUGCAAUGGACAUUAAUGCCGGCUAUAUGUGCGAUCCAGAUGACCUACCUGGAUUAGCGCACUUUUGCGAACAUAUGUUGUUCCUAGGAACGAAGAAAUAUCCUCAAGAGAAUGAUUAUAAUAUAUUUCUAUCACAGAAUGGUGGUACGAGUAACGCAUCAACACAUUUAGAUCACACCACCUAUUAUUUCGAUGUAACUCCCGAGAAAUUAGAAGGCGCUUUAGAUCGUUUUGCUCAAUUUUUCUUAGCGCCUCUUUUUACGGAGAACUUGACUGAGCUAGAACUAAAUGCCAUAAAUUCAGAACACGAGAAAAAUGUAGCGAAUGAUACAUGGCGAUUUGAUCAAUUAGACAAAUCAUCUGCGAGUUCAGAUCAUCCGUUUUCGAAAUUCGGCACAGGAAAUAGAGAAACAUUAGACACAAUACCAAAACAAAAAGGCAUUAAUGUUCGAAAUAAACUACUAGAGUUUCAUGAAAAGUAUUAUUCUGCAAAUAUUAUGUCACUGUCUGUUCUUGGCAAAGAGAGUUUAGAUGAACUUGAAAAUAUGGUAGUGGAUCUGUUUUGUGAAGUACGAAACAAGGAAAUUGAAGUUCCAAUAUGGCCUGAACAUCCAUUCAAGGAUGAACAUUUCCGCACUAUGUGGUACAUUGUUCCAAUAAAGGAUACAAGAAAUUUAGACAUUUCGUUUCCUUUACCAGACAUGCGUCAACAUUACCGGUCUUCGCCUGAACAUUACGUUUCUCAUUUGCUUGGACAUGAAGGAGAAGGCUCAUUAUUAUCGGCUUUGAAAGCUAAGGGAUGGUGUAACUCCUUAGUAUCCGGACUACGUCCUGCUGCCAGAGGCUUCAGUAUUUUCAAUAUUCUUGUCGAUUUGACUGAAGAAGGUAUUAAGCAUAUCGAAGAUAUUGUUCUACUGGUGUUUCAGUGUAUCAAUAUGCUUAAGUUGAAAGGACCAAUCAAAUGGAUUUACGAUGAAUAUAGAGAUAUUGACAAUAUAAACUUUCGUUUUAAAGAAAAGUCUUCGCCUCGUACUUAUGUGAAAUUUACGGUUCGAGCGUUGCAAGAAUUUCCCAUGAAUGAAAUUUUGUGCGCGCAUCUUGUUAAUCCUGAAUGGCGACCAGACUUAAUCGAAGAAAUAAUGGGAUAUUUGAUUCCGCAAAAUGUUAGGAUUCACAUAGCUGCAAAAGCAUAUGAAAAUAUAGCUGAUGAAAUUGAAAGUUGGUAUGGCACUAAAUAUAAGAAAGUGAAGAUAUCCAAGGAAAUAAUGGACAUAUGGAACUCCCCUGGCUUUAACGACGAUCUGAAAUUGCCUCCCAAGAAUGAAUUUAUAGCAACUACAUUUGAUAUCAAGCCACAAACUAACAUUGAAAAGUUUCCCAUUAUUUUGGAGGAUACAUCAUUUGUAAGACUUUGGUAUAAAAAGGACGAUGAAUUUCUUGUACCUAAAGCAAAGAUGAUCUUCGAUUUCUUCAGCCCAUUUGCCUAUAUGGAUCCUCUUAGUUGCAAUUUCACUUAUAUGUUUAUUAAGCUGUUUCGUGAUUCUCUUAAUGAAUAUACAUAUGCUGCUGAUUUAGCUGGUUUACUAUGGGAACUUAAUAGUUUUAAAUUCUUUUUAUAGCUCUCUAUAGGUGGUUAUGACAACAAACAACGUGUGCUGUUAGAAAAAAUCAUGGAUCGAAUGAUAAAUUUUAAAGUUGAUCCGAAGAGAUUUGAAAUCCUAAAAGAAAAAUAUAUCAGGAGCUUGAAAAAUUUUGCUGCUGAACAGCCUUAUCAACAUGCUGUCUAUUAUCUUGUAGCCCUAUUAGCAGAGCAAGCUUGGCUCAAGGAAGAAUUACUGGAAGCUACUACCUAUUUAAAUGUCGAGGGACUCCAGCAGUUUAUACCACAGCUACUCAGUAAGGUGCACGUCGAGUGCUUAAUACAUGGUAAUGUGACUGUAAUGGAAGCUACAGAUAUACUUAAACUAAUUGAGUCUAAGUUGACAACUGGAGUGCCCAACAUAAUACCCUUGUUAGAACAGCAACUAGUAUUGUCUCGUGAAAUUAAACUAGAAAAUGGUUGUCACUUUCUGUAUGAAGCAGAAAAUAAUUUACAUAAAAGUUCUUGUACAAUGGUAUAUUAUCCAACUGGUUUACAAUCAACAGAGUCGAAUAUGCUUUUAGAGCUCUUAGCACAAAUUAUUGCGGAACCUUGUUUUAAUACUUUAAGAACUAAGGAGCAAUUAGGCUACAUAGUAUUUAGUGGUAUACGUAGAUCGAGUGGAGCACAAGGCUUGCGAAUCAUUGUACAAAGUGAUAAACACCCACAAUAUGUCGAAAAACGAAUCAAUUUAUUUUUAGACUCCAUGUUGAAUCACAUAUCUACCAUGACAGAAGAACAAUUUGAAGAAAACAAGAAAGCUUUAGCUACAUUACGUUUGGAAAAACCAAAAAUGUUAAUUGCAAGGUGUACCUUGUAUUGGAAUGAAAUUGUGACCCAACAAUAUAAUUUUGAUCGAGUCAAUAUUGAAGUGGCUUACUUAAAGACGAUAUCACGGCAGCAAUUACUUAAUUUCUUUAAGGAAAAUGUACAUAGUAAAAAUCGACAUAAAUUGUCGGUACAUGUGAUAUCCACAGUAUCGGAAAAGAGCUCACCUGAUAACACAAUCGAAAAAACUGCCGAUUUAUCAACUGAUGAAGAAGUUAAGAAAAUCGACGAUAUUUUAUCAUUUAAAAAUAGUCAAUCUUUAUAUCCUCUAGUUAAACCGCUUGAAAAAUAUUUUCUCAGGAAAGGCGUACGCUCUUCUAAGUUAUAAAAAAAGAGAUAAUAAUGAAUUAAACAAAUCAAUUUACUUACCAAUAAUUUAAGAAAAAAACGACGCAUUAUUUUAGAGAAAUUAAUAAAUUACUUGCUGUAUC